CGUGGCCGCAGGCGGGGCGGGGCCUGGCCGGUCGGCGGCGGCGCAUUCUCCGCACCGGGAGCCGCCGCCCCCGCAGCCACCGCCCGGGCCCGGACUCCGUCGCGUGGUCGCUCAGCGUCCUGGGGAACUUCUGUACACCUGUCCUAUAGAGGAGUCAUUCCCAGACAGCCUGCCCCAAGAUGGGUGAAUUCAACGAGAAGAAGGCGACAUGUGGCACUGUCUGCCUCAAGUACCUGCUGUUCACCUACAACUGCUGCUUCUGGCUGGCUGGACUGGCUGUCAUGGCAGUGGGCAUCUGGACGCUGGCCCUCAAGAGUGACUACAUCAGCCUACUGGCCUCAAGCACCUACCUAGCUACUGCCUACAUCCUGGUGGUGGCUGGUGUUGUCGUCAUGGUGACCGGUGUCCUGGGCUGCUGUGCCACCUUCAAGGAGCGGCGGAACUUGCUGCGCCUGUACUUCAUCCUGCUCCUCCUCAUCUUUCUGCUGGAGAUCAUUGCUGGUGUCCUGGCCUACGUCUACUACCAGCAGCUGAACACAGAACUCAAGGAGAACCUGAAGGACACCAUGACCAAGCAGUACCACCAGCCAGGCCAGGAGGGUGUGACCAGUGCUGUGGAUAAGCUGCAGCAGGAGUUUCACUGCUGCGGCAGCAACAACUCCCAGGACUGGCGUGACAGCGAGUGGAUCCGCUCGGGUGAGGCUGGUGGCCGUGUGGUCCCCGACAGCUGCUGCAAGACGGUGGUACCUGGCUGUGGGCAGCGGGAUCACGCCUCCAACAUCUACAAGGUGGAGGGUGGCUGCAUCACCAAGCUGGAAACCUUCAUCCAAGAGCACCUGAGGGUCAUCGGGGCCGUGGGCAUCGGCAUCGCUUGUGUGCAGGUCUUUGGCAUGGUCUUCACGUGCUGCCUAUACAGGAGCCUCAAGUUGGAGCACUACUGACCACCAGGGUUUGGCCUGGCCACUUGCCUCCUGCUGCAUCCCACCUAAGUACUGAACUGACUACUGAAGGCCAGGACAGAGCCCAUCUUCAUGUCUGUGCCCUGCAUGCCACCACCAUCACCUCUGCUGACCCCACCCUGGGGGUGGCUUCAAGUGCCUUUUUCCUGAGGCGUGGGGCAGGGUCCCUCCCCCGCAUAGGGAAGAUGUGGUUAGUCUACCUGUGUGGGGCUUGGGGCCCAGGCCUGGCAGGUAGGAUGAGACCUAGGUUCUGGUAAGAGGACCCCCUCUUUGAUGCCUGGGUAAGUCUGGGAGGAACCCAGGCCCACCCUCUACACAAUGGGUGGUCAGAGGCAGGUGGUAGGGGCCCUGCUGAAGGUGCCAAGAGGUACAGGGGCUGCAGGGCGGGACCAGGAGCCCUUUGUGCUGCCCUGAGAGCUGUAAGGCCCAAUCAGCCAAAGCCUGGCUUAACUCUUGCCACUGCUCUUUAACAUCGCGCUCACAAAGUGUGCUGCAUCCCAGUUAGAACGUCCCUACGAGAGUAGGGUAUUACUGGUUUUAUCCACUGCUGUAUCCCAAAUGCCUGUAACGAUUCCUGCCACAUAAUAGGUGCUCAAUAAAUGUUUGUUGAACA